AAAAAUUAUUAAAUACCUAAUACCAUUAUUAAUUUAGUCUGAAUAUUUUAUUCAAGGUUAAGUUUUUAACAUAAAAAUGAGUUUUACAACACCAGCAAAUACGACAGGAUUUUCAUUUAGUGGAGGAGGUGCCGGAGAUGUUGGAGGCAAUAAACCUGAAUUUGGUACACCCACGUUUGGUGGUACCUCUUCAUUUGGUGCAGCUCCCGCACCCGCUACAAACUUUGGUCUUGGUUCCACUCUUUCCCAACAAGCACCAGCAUCUGGAUUCAGUUUAGGAGGACAAACUUCUCAACCAUCAACAGGAUUUGGUUUAGGGGGCACAACUACAGCAUCUCCAGGUUUUGGUUUUGGAGGAGGCGCACCUGCAGCUACAUCAGCACCACCUAGCUUUGGUUUAGGAGGUGCAGCCCCAGCAGCCUCUUCAGCUGGAGGAUUUUCUUUUGGAGGUCAACCAGUUUCAUCGGCUGCACCAAAUUUCAAUUUAGGAUCCGUUGCAAAAUCUACGCCUAGUAGUGCUCCUGGUGGUGGUUUUAAUUUUGCAGCACCAGUGGCUAGUAGUGCAGCUAGUACUCCUGGUACUGGAUUCUCGUUAGGUGGUAAUGUGGCCACGACAACAAGUGCACCGGCUGCAAGUUCAACAGGUUUCUCAUUUGGUGGAACUACAACUUCAACGACUACUACUACUUUGGGUUUAUCCUUCGGGCAAAAUGCAGCAACUACAACAAAACCUGCAGCUUCAUUAUCUUUUGGAACACUAUCAACGGCCACAAAUGCAACAACACCAUCUACUGGUUUUUCACUUGCAGCUAAAACUACUGCACCGACAUCUGCAACAACUACUGUUCCCACAGCGACGAGUAUUGCACCAACAGCUACAACAGUCGCCCCAGCAGCACCUGGUUCCAGUCAAAGUUUUGCCGAUCUAGAGGAAUCCAUCAAUAAAUGGACACUAGAAUUAGAAGAACAAGAAAAAGUAUUUAUGAAUCAAGCACUUCAAUUGAAUGCUUGGGAUCGAUUGUUAAUACAAAAUGGAGACAAGAUUAUAGAAUUAAAUUCGGAAGUGGAACGAGUAAAGCAGGAUCAACAACAAUUAGAUCAUGAAUUGGAUUUUGUUGUAGCUCAACAAAGAGAACUGGAAGAAUUAAUAAAACCGUUAGAAAAAGAAUUGGAAAAUAUUCCAACAACAGACCCAGAUCGUCAACAUAUAUACCAGUUGGCUGAAAAUAUGGACAGUCAAUUGAAACAAAUGUCUGAAGAUUUAAAAGAAAUUAUUGAACAUUUAAAUGAAUCAAAUCGGGCUGAAGACGCUAAUGAUCCGAUUGUUCAAAUUGGUAGGAUAUUAAAUGCUCAUAUGAAUUCGUUACAAUGGAUUGAUCAAAAUACGGCAUUGAUUGGUAAUCAUUUAGAUCAAGUGGCUAAACUCUAUGAAACACAUCGUCGAGAACAUGAGCGUUCAUUUCAUCUUACUUAUGAAUAAUGUUGAAUUACAUUUUUCCUUAUAAAAAAAGUUUAUUCUUACACUGAAGAUUUGUUUAGUUAGAAAAUGUUUAUCUCUACUGACGAAAUAAUGGUAUGAAUGUUCUGAACACUAUUAUAAAUGAAUUGUGAAAAGUCCCCAUCAAUCCCCCUUGUGCAAAAAAUUUUAUUGAGGGGGGAAGUUUGCAAAAAUAGGAUUUUCGCGUUUUUCAGCAAAAAGGUGAGUUUUACAGCAAAAAUAGUUCAGACAAAAAUUGUAGAUCAUUCAAUUUGCUACAAAAUGUGUUUCUGCACCUUUUUUCAUAAGUGCUGCCAUUUUCGUGAUAUCGUAAUCAAACUCAAAAAUCGCGUUUAUUUGGCGAACACUCGAAUAAUUUGUAAGAUAUUGCCUAAUAUGGAUUCGAGAUGUCUCUUGCUCUUCAUAUGGCGUUUUUUUGUGAUUUGUCGUCGAUUUGAGCAAGAAUUCUAUAUUUAUUGAUAUAAUGUGGUUUGACCAUGAA